AUGGAGAAGCCCAGCACGGCCCCGGCAGGGCUCAAGCGCCUCGGUCUCGAGGGGCUCCAGGAUCCCGAAUGGAUCGGGGCAAAAAGUGCCAUGCAUUCCGACCGACUCACCGGCUUGCCCUUGCGCCGCCGCGUCGUGGACGUGGCGGAUGCGCCCUUCAAGCACGGAGCAGCCACAGGGUUGGCAAUGAAUGGCUUUGGAAGGUACUUCACGGACUCGGACGGCCUUGCCGCGCAGCAAGGGAAGCGGCAUAUGCGGCCGCCCGAUUGCAAGGCGCCACGUGAACGCCACGUGAACGUUACGUGA